AUGGAGCGUCACUUGGCACUCUGUUACGGGACCUGCUACCUCUUCAGUCUUCACCUCAUCCACCAUCUACCCCUUCGUCCCGUUGUCCCUAUGAACCGCAUAUUUGGCACGUCUGCAAGCAAGAAGCCAAAGCCAUCAUUGCAAGAUGCGAUCUCAUCCACAGAUACGCGGAUGGCCUCCAUCGAGGUAAAGAUCAAGAAACUGGAUGGCGAGCUGGCAAGAUACAAGGAGCAGAUGAGCAAGCUGCGUAACGGGCCUGGCAAGAACGCCAUACAGGAACGUGCGCUCAGAAUACUGAAGCAGAAACGCAUGUAUGAAUCCCAGCUUGCCCAGCUGACGCAGCAAACCUUCAACAUGGAGUCUGCUGCGCUCGCGACCGAGAACUUGCGGAACACAAUGGCGACGGUGGAUGCUAUGAAGCAAGCAAACAAGGAGCUCAGAAAGCAGUACGGAAAAUUUGACAUCGACAAAAUAGAGAGCAUCCAUUACGACAUGGAGGAUCUACUGGAACAAGCGAACGAAAUCCAAGAGUCAUUAGGCCGGUCGUACGCGGUACCGGACGAGGUCGAUGAGGCAGACCUUCAGGCUGAAUUGGAUGCCCUGGAACUAGAGGAAGAAACGGAGGGCCCAUCAUACCUGGCAGAUCUUGACAAAGCACCGGAUUUUAUCGACGAGGCACCUCAAGAGGUUGGAGAGAUGGAAAACAAGGAGGCCGUGAAGACAACAGCGUAG